GCAGCCGUUCGUUCGUUCCCCCGGAAGAAACCCAUGGCGAAGAAGCAGAAGCAGCGCGGCUCGCUCCGGGGGGAGGAGCAUGUAGAGGCGGCGGCGGCGGCGGCGCACGAGGACGCACCGGCCGCAAACGCGGAGGGGGAGGCGGCUGCGCAGGAAGCAGGGGGCUCUGGAAGCGAGGUGGCGGAGGGGCGGAGCGCGGACGCUGCGAGUGGCGGCGUGGAGGAGGGGAAGGAGGAGGAGGCGGCGGCGGCAGAGGAGGAGGAGAGGGAGGUGACGUUUGAUGAGCUGGGGCUGGACGAGCAGCUCAAGAGGGCCCUGAGGAAGAAGGGCUUGACCAAGACCACCCCGAUCCAGCGAGAGGCCAUCCCGCUCAUCCUGGAAGGGAAGGAUGUGGUCGCGAAGGCCAAGACUGGUUCUGGAAAGACCUUUGCCUACCUUCUCCCGCUGCUGCAAGAGCUGUUGAAGUUGUGCAAAGAAGGGCGUAUUCGGAAAUCCGCACCAAAUGCCUUAAUCCUGGUGCCAACUCGCGAGUUAUGCCAGCAGGUUUAUAAUGAGGCAUCAUCUCUCCUUGAGCUGUGUACAUCCAAGUUGAAGAUUGUUCAAGUGACCGCGAGCAUGUCAGAUAAGGAUAUUAAACUUGCAUUGUCUGGGCCCCCUAAUAUUCUUGUGACAACCCCAGCUUGUGUUGCAGCAUGCAUAUCAAAGGGCAUUGUCCAGGGAUCAUCUAUUAAAGAGUCACUUUCAAUGAUGAUUCUUGAUGAGGCUGACCUUCUUCUAUCCUAUCGCUGCGAAGAUGACUUGAAGGCACUUGUCCCACAUAUCCCAAGAAGUUGCCAAUCCAUCCUCAUGUCUGCAACUUCAAGCCCUGAUAUUGACAAACUAACAAAGCUACUUCUGCACAACCCUUUUGUUUUAACUCUUACCGAGGUUGGUCAUGCAAAGGAUGACGUGGUCCCUAGAAAUGUGCAACAAUUUUGGAUUUCAUGCAGUGCUAAGGAUAAGAUGCUUUAUAUCCUUUCCCUUCUGAAGUUAGAGCUUAUUCAAAAGAAAGUUCUAAUAUUUGUGAACUCAAUUGACAAUGCAUUCAGAUUAAGAUUGUUCCUGGAAAAGUUUGCGAUAAGAUCUGCAGUGUUGAAUGCUGAGUUGCCACAAAAUUCUCGCCUACAUAUUAUUGAGGCUUUCAAUGCUAGGCUAUUCGAUUACCUGAUAGCAACAGAUGACAAUAAAACAAAGGAGGCGAAGCAAACCAAUAAGGAAAGCAAAAAAGAUUCAAAGGGGUCACGCAAACAUUUGCAACAAACUUUAGAUGCUGAAUUCGGAGUCGUCAGAGGAAUUGACUUCAAAAACGUUUUCACAGUAGUUAAUUUUGACAUGCCUCCGAAUCCCGCUGGGUAUAUUCACAGAAUAGGACGAACAGGGAGGGCAAAUAAAACCGGUGCAUCUAUAUCACUUGUUUCACCAGAGGAGGAUAAUGUUUUCGAAGAGAUUGAACACAUGUUGCAAGAUGUUGAAAAAAAGGAUACCAACUGCAUUUUACCUUUCCCGUUACUCACAAAAAAUGCUGUCGAGUCCCUACGAUAUAGGGCUCAGGAUGUUGCUAGGAGUGUGACAAGCCGUGAUAUACAGGAAGCGCGUCGUCAAGACGUAAAGAAUGAAAUCCUCAAUUCUGAGAAGUUGAAAGCUCAUUUUGAAGAGAAUCCAACAGACCUCGAUUUGCUCAAACAUGAUAAGUUGCUUACCAACAAAUCAAUUCCUGCUCACCUGCGUGAUGUCCCCGAAUACCUAAUUGACCCCACAACGAAAGAAGCCAGCAAUGCAGUCAAACUUUCGAGGGCUGCUAUGGGUCUUGAUAAUCCCCGAAGGAAGAAAAGAAUGGGAUUCAGGAGUGGGUCAGGCAAAAGUAGCGAUCCCCUCAGAACGUUCUCUGCUGAGGGCAAAUCACGAAAACGAAGGGGAAAGGAAAGAGAAGGAGACGAUAGAAGAAAGAGGAGGAAGAAGGCAGAAAUCUAAUGCUGCAAACAGUUCACUAUCAAUUUUGCUCGGUUUUAUAGACUUAUUGCCUUGUAACUUUGUAGCAUCUCUAGAAUGAAGACAAAGCUUAAUGUGCAACAUUGUAUGUCAAAGUAUUUUGGGAGUUUAGGUUCUUUUGUCUUCGGAGGUGGGGGCGACAAACUUUUGGAUAUAUUGAUUCGGAUUCAAUUGCAAAUACACCAAGGAUAGAAUCAAUUCAAUUCUGAAUUGCAAUAA